CCGUUUACAUAUAGAUAUACCUACGCGGCGGAUGUCUUCAUUUGGUGCGUUAAUGCAGUUCGAUGUACAGUCGAUGAAGAAGGUGGUGGUUGUAGUGACAUUGUGAGGGUGGCCUUAGGUACUUGAAGACUUGAGUGGCAUGAAUGAAGGUACUGCGGAUUGUUCAUGGUUUGUGAAAUACAAUGAUUAUCACUUAACCUAAGCUCAGCUCUCCACGAUGCUGCACCAUUACAACUAUCCUACUUCUCUGAGUCACUUUCUCAACUACCAUCAAUUGGAAGAUGCAAGUGUCAACGAAAAUGACCACGCGACACCGUCACCAUGUGACGAGCUUACACAAGACGACGACCCUAGGUGUAGGAGCAACUCAUCAGCCAAUAACAACAAAUCGUUCACUAUUGCUGCGAUAUUGGGUUUGAAAGGAGACGGAAAAGAUGCUAAUAGUUCCAGACAAGAUAUAAACGUGAUGAACCUUUCAGUCCAUACUGAUACUGAUAGGGAUUUCGUGGCUAGCUGUCAUCGGCUGCAACUACCUGUACGCAGACCUAAUGUAGGUGUUAACGGUGGAACAUCAACUAUACACUACUCACCCGUGACUGGUCCACAUGGAGUGAUAAAUGGCAGGGCAAGCGUCCGUUCGAAUGUCGGGGGAGGGGGCAACAUGAAACACAUGUCUUCGUCCUCUUCAGCCGGAGGGGUGUUGCAACAAAGCAAAAAGAGCUGUAAGAGCAAAAGGGUGCGGACCAUCUUCACCCCCGAACAAUUGGAACGUUUGGAGGCGGAAUUCGAGAGGCAGCAAUACAUGGUCGGGCCGGAAAGACUUUAUCUGGCACACACGUUGCAGCUUACAGAGGCGCAAGUGAAGGUCUGGUUUCAAAAUCGUCGCAUAAAGUGGCGCAAACACCACCUAGAAUUGACCCAUCAAAGGCUGGCUGUAUUGAAACAACAACAACUUCUAUUAGACGACGCCCAUCCAGAUGCUCAAGACACCAACAGUUCAAAUCCAGAUACGUGAGAUACGAAAACAGCUCUUGGUAUUCAUGACAUAUAAAAAUGUGUACAUACAAUUAACGAAUUAACCCUGUACUUUCUGGUAGACUAUCAUGUAAAUUAUACCCAUAGUACAGUCUAUCUGACUUUAAAGAGAUAAUUGUAUAAUAUUAAAAACAAUGUCCAUUUUGUAUGUAUCUAUGUGCAAAAAUAGGUCCCUUGAAGCGAAAAGGAAAAUAUCAUGAAACACAGAGAUGGAUCAUAAAGAUACUCAGGGUCUCCAAAGUAGGAACCACAUGAUCCCGGGACAUAAUCUUUUAUGAACUGAUGACGGCGUUGCAUGGGAGGUGCAGAGUCAACCUAUUCAACACUAUUUUUUUUUCAUAACUUCAAUUCAAAAAUUAAACCAACGUUGUAACUCAAGGAUUUCCCAAGAUCAUAGUACAAUUUCGUUUUUAUGCUGGAUGCCUUGUAUACUUCUUACAUAUUUAUUUCUUCGUCAUACAGGUCAUAACUUGCGAAACUUUACUAACGUAGACGCGGAUCGAGGAUGUCCUUUCAUAAACUGUUGCAAUGUUAUACUAUUUCUUCUUAUGUUCUCAUAGCGUCUUCGAUACUCAAAAUGCACUUCAAGUUUCUUCGAAAAUUCCUAAAACGCAAUUUUUUAGCCACUGUUGAUCAGAAGCACAAAAUUAUGAUGCUCCAACAAGUUUAUUGAGUUCAUUCUAGAUGUACCUUAUUGAACCGUAAGAAACAAAUUCCGCUACUGUAAAUAUUUUAGGACAUGGUCCUCCUGCCCUUAUUACUUCAUUAUCGUAGUGCAACAUGAACCAAAGUUAGAAUAAGUUGGUAAUUCAGUGUUAUAUUAUAAUAAUUGUAAGCCG